AUUCCUCUCGUCCACCGCCGCUCCUUAAACCACGGCAGCGGCCGGCAUUGUGUAAUUGCUUUAAAAUCUCCACCCUUUUCUUUUCCCUAGAAAUCCAACCCCUCUUCUUCCUUUCGUCGUAGUCCUUCUCCUUCUCUUUCUUUCGCACGAGACGGAGAUGGUUGGAGGAGGGGAGAAGAGAGGCGACGGGGAGGAGGGGGUGAUGGCGACGGACUUCUUCUGGUCAUACACCGACGAGCCGCACGCUUCCCGGAGGAAGCAAAUCCUCGCGGAAUACCCCCAGAUCAGAGCGCUCUUCGGCCCCGAUCCCUGGGCUUUCCUCAAGAUUACUGCCGUUGUUUCUCUUCAGCUAUGGACAGCAACUUACCUCCACAGCUCCAGCUGGCUGAAGAUUUUAAUGGUUGCAUACUUCUUUGGCUCCUUCCUCAACCACAACCUCUUUUUAGCCAUCCAUGAGCUCAGCCACAACCUUGCCUUCUCAACUCCAGCCUAUAACCGUUGGCUAGGAAUCUUUGCCAAUCUCCCCAUUGGUGUCCCCAUGUCCAUUACCUUCCAAAAGUACCACUUGGAACACCAUCGCUUCCAAGGUGUCGAUGGCAUUGAUAUGGACAUACCCAGUCAUGUAGAGGCCAAUGCUGUCACCAACAUUGUCACCAAAUCCCUAUGGGUCAUCUUCCAGCUCUUCUUCUAUGCUCUGAGGCCGCUCUUUCUCAAGCCCAAACCCCCUGGUCUCUGGGAAUUUAUUAAUUUAGUAAUCCAGCUAACUCUUGAUGGCUCGCUGGUGUAUCUCUGGGGUUGGAGGUCUCUUGCUUAUCUUAUACUGUCGACAUUUGUCGGUGGUGGCGUGCAUCCAAUGGCAGGGCAUUUCAUCUCUGAGCACUAUGUUUUCAAUCCAGACCAAGAGACAUACUCAUAUUAUGGACCUUUAAAUCUGAUGACAUGGAGCGUGGGAUACCACAAUGAGCACCAUGAUUUCCCAAGAAUACCAGGGAGCAGGCUCUACAAGUUGAAGGAAAUAGCACCAGAGUACUACACGAACCUCAACUCUUACAGAUCAUGGAGCCAGGUGAUUUACAUGUAUAUCAUGGAUCAGACCAUUGGACCUUUCAGCCGGAUGAAGAGAAAGCAAUCCAAGAACAAUGGGGAUGUCAAGAAAGAUAAUUAGAAACUGCUGCAUUAAUUUUGUUGACAGUAGCUAUAACUUUUUGUAUGACAUGAUAUAAUCUAGGAUGGCAAGUGGAGAUUCUUUUUGUCCUACGAUCAGCAAGGAAGCUACCAAGGAAUUUCUUCAACUUGAAUGCAUUUUUGGAGUAGGCCUCAUCCAAGUUUAGUUUGGAGAAUGCAAUGAUGUACCCUUCUUUUGUCAUCAUUUGAAACACGUGGCUCGCAAAUUUUCAAUCUCAAACAAAGAUAUUAGAUUUACAGCCAUCCA